AUGGAUUCUGCUAAAAUUAUAAAUACCCUAAAAGAUUUUGAUGGAUAUCCCAAAACUUUAGAUGAUUAUAGGAUACGAACCUUAGGUGGAGGGGCAGUUACGGUUGUAAGCUACAUUAUUAUGACAUUACUUUUUAUAUCUGAAUUAAACACAUACCUAACUCCUGAUAUUUCUGAAGAGUUAUUUGUUGAUACAACAAGAGAACCUAAAUUGCAAAUUAAUCUAAAUAUUACAGUGCCUGAAAUCUCUUGUAAAUAUUUAUCUUUAGAUGCGAUGGACUCUUCUGGAGAACAGCAUUUACAAAUUGAACAUAAUAUUUAUAAAGUAAGUUUAGAUAAAAAUGGAAUUCCAAUUAAAGAGCCAGAAAAAGAAACGUUUGUAAAACCCGUCAAUGAAACUAAAGAAAAAAAAUGUGGUAGUUGUUAUGGAGCUGAAUCUGAAACUCUAAAUAUUACUUGCUGCAAUACUUGUGCAGAUGUCAAAGAUGCAUAUAUGAAAAGAGGCUGGGGACUAAAUAAUUUGGAAUUAAUUGAACAGUGUAAAAACCUUAGCCAAAACAAUAUUUUUAAUGAAGGUUGUUUUAUAUAUGGAACAAUGGAAGUAAAUAGGGUGGGAGGAAGCUUUCAUAUAGCUCCGGGCCAAAGUUUCUCAAUUAAUCAUGUCCAUGUUCAUGAUGUGCAGCCUUUUAGUUCUAAAGCAUUUAAUACAUCACAUAAAAUAGAUCAUUUAUCAUUUGGAUAUAAUAUUCCUGGUAAAACAAACCCAUUGGAUGGGAUAGUAGCAUUAACACAUGAAGGAGCGACUAUGUUUCAAUAUUACAUUAAGAUUGUACCCACCAUUUAUUAUUAUUACGAUAAAAGUGGUACAAUUUUAACCAACCAAUUUUCAGUAACAAGACAUCAAAAAUCUGGCAGUGAAACGAUUGGUGUGCCACCUGGUAUAUUUUUUAAUUAUGAACUUGCUCCAAUAAUGGUCAAAUAUACAGAAAGAAAAAGAUCAUUUGGACACUUUGCGACUAAUGUCUGUGCCAUAAUUGGCGGAGUAUUUACAGUGGCCAGUUUAAUCGAUGCAUUUUUAUAUAGAUCUGUACAAGCAUUUAAAAAAAAGAUAGAAAUUGGAAAAUUUUAUUGA